AUGAGUGCUAGCGAUAUAUUCUCCAACGAAAGACCAACUAUUUAUAUUGUCACUGGAUAUGUGAUCGCCUUAUUUGGCCUGGUUAUAAGUUUUUUCUCAAUGUAUCUGGUUCUGAACAAGCUUAGUCCUACUAGUUACAGAUAUCAUUUGCUGUUAUACAUGGUAAGAUGACGAGUUUCAAGGAAACUUGGAAAAAUUCAAGGUGAACUCAUCAUCAGCCGAAUUAUUCACAAUUUUAUGCGUUUUACCGAGACCUUUGUUCCCCGUGAUUGGGGCGAAAGUCUGGAGCCCCGUUGUUAUUCAUUUCGGAUUGGAUAAGACUCUAGCCGCCGUGAGAACAUAGUAAUCAGUAUCAAUAUCGAUUAGAUAAAAAUUUUAGGAUAUACUUUUCGUUUUAUUGGAGUUGACCUUGUCGACAGUAGGCGUUUGUUUCAUUUAUCGGCACGACGCCGCUGCAAAAUUGAUCAAGGUUUUUCCUUCUCAUUACUUCAUAAUUUUUAAAACCCAGAAAAAAACUGUUGGGAGAUGGAGGACGCUCAUUUUCUUCUUGUUAACUUUUGCUUGCUCCAUAAUCGACGGUUUAUUGAUGCGUCAUUCGGCCCUCAGCCUAUCUGAGCAGCAAGAAGCUAUUCAAAAAGUCAGUACACGUCAAAUGAGAAAAAAAAUUUUGGAAAUAAAAGUUCAUACCAACUGAUGAAGUGGCGUUAUGGAAAAGUUAUGUUUGGAAGUAUAUUAGGAGCAAUGGUCAUAAGAUAAAACCUCAAAGCAAAACAAAUUUGGAAUGAUUAUCCAUAGAGCACAAUAUUUUAACCCCUGAAGGCUAUUUCUUAACACAUUUGGUUUUUUAAAUAUUUUUUCAAUGUUCUCCAACGCUAAAUUUUUAUGUUAAAUGAAAAUAGUUUUGAAAAAAAGCCCUCAGAACGGACACUAUCAAGGCAAUAAUCCAAAAGUGAAUUAUUGAAAGGAAACAUUUUCGAAAAGCUGUGAGAAAAUAGCCUCGAUCGUUUCAGCUAACGCGCUCCACGGACAAUAAAGAUUCAAACUCACAUUUUCCAGUACUAUCCCCAGGCCGUCAAUAUGUCUCUGGAAAACGCAUAUUUCUACGAUCACCGGGUAAACGACAUGAUUUUGUACACCCUCGCAUUUGCCUACACCUUUGAAACUAUCGGGAUUUUAUUUCUGGUUUCACUGGCCAUCAGAACGAUCAAAAUGCUGAAUAAUGUGACGGGUAUUUUGUCGAGACGCACUAUAACUAUACAGAGAAACGUCCUCCACAGCUUGAUCGCUCAGGUUUCUUCAUUAAAGUGUUUUUAAUAUCAAAAAAUAAUUAUUCCAGACCAUCGCACCGUUGAUUUUCAUCGGCUUACCUGUGUUAGUUUUCUCAGCUGUCAUAUUCUUCCAAAUCUUCGAAUAUCAUGGUAAUUUUCUCCUCUUACCUUUUCAUUUUUAGCUUACUUUAGGAUUUGUGAUAGCUGGUGCGAUUGUGAUGAUGUUACACGGGACAGCUUCAAACAUUGGCAUGAUAUUGACGAAUCCCCGCUUUAAAGAAUGCAUUAGGAGUUUUUGGGUGACUGAAGCUCGUAAAGAGUCGACGCGAGUGCGGAUCUUCGAAACAUCCAAAUUUUGAACUGAUUUUGAUAAUUUUUUCUUGCUUGAUGUACAUAUGUUUUUUUUUCUUUAUUUUUUGAAUACUUCAUUCACCACUAAUUGGAGCAAUCUGACGUGUCUGCGCUCUCUUAUCCCUCAUCACGUGCUUAACCGAUUUUUUUUGUUAUUGAACCGGGAGGGAGACAAUAGAGACAUUUUCCAACACUGGAGAUACUAUUAUAAUGGAGCCAUAGUUGUCAUGAAUGUUUCUCAGAACUUCGAUGAUCCUCUCUAAAAUGUUUGCUGACAUAUUUCAUAAAUCCUUUUCAUAUUCGAACGCAACUUCCUUAGGUUUGUUUUCAAUCAAUCUCAAAAUUAUUUCACACAUGAACUCACUCCAAAAGUUCGCUUAUCUUCUCAGCUUUCGCUUGAAAGAUUUCCAGUCUAUCGAUCUACGUUUUUCACAUCUCUCCAAGCAAGUUCUUCACUUUUUGUUUUUUUUUGCCUAUAAACUAUAUCACAUUAUCGUUGUAAUGAGUGGAACAUUAUUUUCCAACGAAAAACCGACGUUCUACAUCAGCACGGGGUACUUCCUCGCUUUUAUAAGUAUGAUAACGAGUUCGUUUUCAAUCUAUUUGGUUCGGAAAAAGUUCAGUCCCACCGCAUACAGAUAUUACCUUCUUUUAUAUAUGGUCAGUGGAGUUAAUAUGAAAAAAAAAAAUUGAACCCAUACUCAGGUUCAUUCGACAACGGCUGAACUUUUCGCAGCUUUGUGUGUUUCAAUCAAACCUCUGUUCCCCAUUAUGGGCGCAAAAGUUUGGAGCCCGAUAGUCCUGAAUCUCGGACUCGAUAAAAAUCUGGCUGCGGUAGGAAACAAAUUCGAGAUCAUCAUAAUUCCGUUGAAAACUAAGGAGAUCGUGUUUGUUUCAUUCGAGUUGAUUAUGCCGACGAUAGGUGUUUGUUUCAUUUAUCGACAUGAUGCAGCCGUUAUGCUGGUCCAGGUAAACUGCAGUUUGGUCGCAUGUGGAAUGGCUCGAUGUGUUACGGUUUUGAAGCGAUUGCUUCAAGAGUUUUUUAAAUUGUUGAGUAGGCUAUAGACCUGAUUUUCCCAACAAAACAACUUCAAGCUUUAGCCAUUCACCGUGAAGCUAACAAGGAAGGUCAUUCGAUUUUGCGACUGGUAUUUUUUUUUUUGAAAGUCGUUUAGAAUACUUCUUGAUGUAUUCCUGAAAAUAUGAACUUGCACAAUUUUCUAGUUUUUGAGAGAAAGGUCACCUCGAAGUAAAAAAAAAAACCAGCCACGAAGUAAAACAAUCUUCGUUGUAAAUUAUCAACAAAGUCCGAAUUUUGUUCUUAUUUAAUCAAUUAAUUCAUGAAACCAUUGUAUUCUUUUUUUAGUCAUUACUCAUAGUAGUAAUCAACUUUACAGGGAAAGACCGUUGGAAAAUGGAGAACCCUUCUCUUCUUUCUCAUCACAUUGUCCUGUUCGUUGAUCAAUGGCUUAUUGAUUCAUAAGUCUACGCUAACGUUAUUCGAAGAGCAGGAAGCAAUUCAAAAAGUGUUUAUUUUUUUAGAAAUGCUAUAAUGCUUUUUGUAACUGAUUCACGGCUGGCUCGAGCCCUCGAAAAAGGUUCCUGUCACGAAAAGAAAAGAGACCGUGUUUGGUUGCAGGGCCACGGCUUAAGCUAGCCUUGAAUCGGCAAUUAAAAACAAAUUGAUGUUUCAGUAUUAUCCACAAGCGGCCAAUAUGUCGUUGGACAACGCCUAUUUCUAUGAAUACAGAAUAAAUGACACGAUUGUGUACGUUGUCGCUUUUGCUUGUGUUUUUAAAGCAAGUGCGGCUAUAUUUCUGUUUUUCUUGGCUGUGAGGACAUUUCGAGUACUGAAUAAUGUGACAGGCGUUUUUUCACCCCGAACUGUAUCCCAACAUCGGAAUGUUCUUCAUAGCUUGAUUGCUCAGGUUCUCUUUCUUCUUUCUUAAACAGUUGGACUUUAAAUUAAUUCUUCUUCUUCUUCUUACGCCUUUAUACCGCUUGAGCGGCGUCGGCGCCCCAAGCCGAUUAGCCGAGGCCCUAUCCUGAUGAUCAGUGGACUGGCUCCAGUGACAUAUCGGUCCUUGUGUGUGACGGCUGGGGAUUAUGAAGCCGUGGUUUCCCACUACCAAUUGUUCUUGAACCCCGUAAUUGGGUCGAGGCGGGGAUCGAGCUUGUGACCCUGUGAACCGUGGACAGGCCCACAAUCUUCUACGGCGCCCCUUUAAAUCAAUUACCAGGAAAAAGUCCAUGAUCUCAUCUCAGUUUACAGACAAUCGCGCCGUUGGUUUUCAUCGGCAUACCCAUAUUUGCGUGUUCCUGUGUAGUAAUCCUUCAAACCUUCGAUUCAGAAGGUACUUUCUUCGUUCACGAUUUUGAUCGAAAAAUCUAUGGUUCCAGAAGUUGUCGUGGUUUCGAUGGCUAUGAUGAUGCUCCACGGGACAGCUUCAAACCUAGGAAUGAUUUUGACAACUCCUCGUUUUCGAGAAAUCAUCAAGAAUUUCCUAAUGGCUGGUGUUCAUAGACAGACGGCACGGGUGCAAGUUUUGGGCGCCCCUAGAUUUUGAAUUUUCCAAGAAAGCGAUCAUUUAUCUUGUUCAUCACCAUCAUUUUUUUUUCACGUAUUUCUGUUUAAAUUUAAUAAACAAUUUUAAAAACGACCAGAAAGCAAUAAAAAAAACCUCUUUUUCUACUGAAUUGAGUUAAAUUGAUCUAAUAUCGCUUUUGAUUGGAAAAAGAUCGAAAAUCAGCAUUUUCAAAAAAUUUUUUCAAAUUCCAAAGGACUUUCUUCACGCGUGACCUUUUCUCGAAAUUCGCUUUACUACUCAGCUUCCGCUUGAAAGAUUUCUAAUCUGUCUCUCGGGGUUAUUUUUCUUUAAUUUCGAACAACUCCAUUUCUUCUACUGAUAAAUCCUUUUAUUCAGCUUUAACUAAACUUUUCUAAGUUUAACUUUCUCGAAAAAUUGAGUGACUGUAACGAUGAGUGCCAGUCAUAUAUUUUCCAACGAGAAACCGAUUUUCUACAUAAAUACCGGUUAUUUUCUUGCAAUUCUAAACGUUAUGACAAGCUUAUUCUCGAUUUUCCUGGUUCUGAAAAAACUCAGCCCCACCGCAUACAAAUAUAACCUUCUUUUAUACAUGGUAAGACUUACCAUGAAGAUUUUUGAAAAGGAAAAGCUCAGGUGACCUUAUCAUCCGUCGAGUUGUUCGCGUGUUUGUGCCUUUCGCCAAAACCUCUAUUUCCUGUGAUCGGCGCCAAAGUUUGGAGCCCGGUGAUCAAUCAUUUCGGAUUGGAUAUUCAUUUAGGAGCGGUAAAGUGAUUUCAAGGUGUUAAAAUAAAGUUCUGUGAGAGAAUAGGAUAUCCUCUUUGUUUUUGGCGAGUUGAUAUUACCAACGAUAGGCCUUUGUUUCAUUUAUCGACACGACGCAGCUGCCAAAUUGAUCAAGGUUUUUCUUGGUUGAAGAUCGCUUCCGAUUCUAACUUUCAGGGAAAAACUGUCGGAAAACUGGGAACGCUCAUUUUCAUCUUAGUAACCUUAUUAUUUUCUUUUGUUAGUUGUUUCUUGAUCCGUGAAUCGAAGCUCACGUUAUCAGAAAUGCAAGAAGCCAUUCAAAAAGUGAGUAUUUUCCAAUAUCUUUUAAUUUCAAAGCUAGAUCCUGGAACGAAGAGCUCAAAGACCUCUAUCUUUAGAAUCAGCCCAUAAAUAAGCUCAAAAAGGGGAUUUCUCAUAUGGCAGAAGUAUGACCGAAGAUUUUUCAGUACUAUCCUCAGGCCGUCAAUAUGACCUUAGAAAACGUGUACUUCUACGAAUACAGGAUCAAUGACACGAUUCUGUACACCAUCUUGCUUGUUUAUUUUUUCGAAAGCAUUGGAGGACUGUUCUUGUUCAUUUUGUCUAUCAGAACAAUCAAAAUAUUGAAUAAUGUCACGGGAACUUUGUCUCGACGCAUUGUAACCCUGCAGCGGGAUGUUCUUCAUAGCUUGAUGGCACAGGUUUUUUUUUUCUUUGAUUUUUUUCAAAACCGAACUACAGACGCUGGCCCCGUUGAUUUUCAUCUGCGUACCCGUAGUUUUCUGCUCUUAUGUGGUUUUGUUGCAAAAUUUUGAUUUGGACGGUAAUUUUCUUGUUUUCUGUACAACAAAAGCUAUAUACGACUUCAGCAAUUGUCCUAGUCUCUAUGGGUAUGAUGAUGGUCCACGGAACCGCUUCGAAUAUUGCCAUGAUUGCGACGACUCCUCGCUUUCGAGAAUUCAUCAAAAACAUUUUAUGGGCUGGCGUCAACAGAGAGCCGAAUCGAGUGCAAAUUUUGGGCGUACCUUGA